UAUAACAGAAAUAAACAAUUUGUUUAUAUAUACUUUUAAAAUGAGUUCAAGUGGAAUAAAAUACAUGAAAAAACCAAAUCCUUAUCCACAAGGAAUGAGAUGUCAAAAAUGUUUAGAAAUGGGUCACUGGAGUUAUGAAUGUAAAGGAAAACGAAAAUACGUUCAUAGAUCGUCAAGAACAACUCUCCUACGUAAACGUUUGCAAACUAAAAAAACAAUUGUUGAAACAGAAACUGUAUUAAUAAAAGAGGAAAAAAUUAAGAAGAGUAAAAAAAGGAAGGAUUCAAUUAGUUCUUCAAGUAAUUCAGAAAGUUCAUCUACUUCAAGUAGUGAUAGUUCAUCGGAUUCGGAUUCAAGUGACAGUGAUUCAAGUACAAGUAGUAGUAGCAGUAGCAGCAGUAGUAGUUCCUCUUCGUCUAAUACAAGCAGUAGUAGUAAUUAAAGUUACAUUUCUAUUAAAGUAUCUCGCAAGAAAAAAAAACGAUAAUAAUUUAAGAAAUUUUCUUUUUUAUUCAAUGAGGAAAAAUUUUGUAAUUUAAGUAAAUGAUUUUUUAUAAUUGUACAUUCGUUUUUUUUUUUUAAAUAAAAAAGAAAUCUAUUUUUCAUGAUCGAA